AGAAAAACAGGGAUCUACCAAACGAAAGUUUCUCAAUCUUCCUCUCCGGUGGUCUCUCGAAGCAGCCCGGCGACUUGUUCGUCUUUGAUCCAGAGUGUAUGUUUGUUUCCUCCUAUAUUCAUUCUGUACAACACAGGUGAAGGAGUCCUCGUCGUAGCGUGCCUCUGUCACUGCAAGUGCAAGUGUGGAGGUGGCUGCUGCUGGGUGUUCGUCCUUGGAUGGGUUUCCACCUAGAAGAGUAAUGAAGGAAGGGUUCUUGUAUUUUGGGCAUUUUCCUCUCAUCCAUUGUUGCUUCUGAGUCUUUCAGUUUUCAAGAACUCACAAUUGGUGGUAGCAGUCAGUAGAGUUUAUUUAAAGAGGUGAUCUUCUUGCUUGC